CAAUUAUGAAUUUCUGUUUCUUUAUAUAGACGUCUUAUUUAUUUAUUUAUUAUUGGUUAAAAAAUAGGGCCACGUCUGGUUGUGGGAUCAGACUUCAGAGGUUGAAACUUUGCGAUAUAUGAUUUGGGUCUAUCUCUCUCCCGUUGCUUCCUUUUGAACCAGUUUAUAAUUAAGUCGACAGUCUAUACAGACAAUAGCCUGUGAAGAUGAGAGAGCUGGAAGUAAGAGAAAGAGAAAGUUGAUCAUAGAAAACCUCACAGUUUAAAAAGCUUAAAAAAAGCUGCUUCAAAUUUACCGAAAGCAAGAAAGCAAGAAAACAGCUUUUUCUCUCUUCUGUCUUUCCAAAUCUCAAUUUCUCAAACCCAUGAAGGAAACUUUAUUGUAACUGGGAAUUUGGUCUUAUUAAACUUGUCGUUAAUCAGAGUCUGUUCGUGAAAUGUUUCCCAGUAAUCCUUCCGAUCCAUUCUCUUGCUUGGAAACUGGAACCAACAGUAAUAAUAAGAGGAAAAGAAGACCGGCAGGAACUCCAGAUCCAGAUGCAGAGGUGGUAUCCUUGUCACCAAAAACCCUAAUGGAAUCCGAUCGUUACGUGUGUGAGAUCUGCAACCAAGGGUUUCAAAGAGACCAGAACCUGCAGAUGCACCGGCGACGACACAAAGUGCCAUGGAAGCUGCUGAAGAGGGAGACGCCCUCGGUGAGGAAGCGGGUUUUUGUUUGCCCGGAACCCAGCUGCUUGCAUCACGACCCGUGUCAUGCUCUCGGCGAUUUAGUCGGCAUCAAGAAACAUUUCAGACGGAAGCACAGUAAUCACAAGCAGUGGGUUUGUCACAAGUGCUCUAAAGCCUAUGCCGUUCAGUCUGAUUUCAAGGCUCAUCUCAAGACUUGUGGAACCAGAGGUCAUUCUUGCGACUGCGGCCGUGUUUUCUCCAGAGUUGAGAGUUUCAUCGAGCACCAAGACGCUUGUAACAUGGGUCGUGUCCGGCCGGAGACACAACCGAAGCAGCAGCCACCGGAGACGCCAUGUUUGUCUCGCUCAACUUCAAGUACUCCAACUCCAUCCAGCGACACCAAUUUCAGUACUACACCAGCUGGUAAUGGAUCAACCAUGGUGGUUCCAACAAAUCCAGCUAUUACAGAUUCCAUGUUCUUGAUUUCUAAGGAGGAUAAUCAUUCGAAAAACAAGUACAACUUAGAGUUACAGCUCUCCACCACGACAUCUAAUCCGCUUGAUCGGGUCUCAGCUGUUUCUUCCAAGAUAUAUGAUAAUCACUCUACUCAUUUGCAACUUUCCAUUGGUUCCUGUGAAUUCUUGGGGGGUAAUCAAAGAAACGAGUAUUCCAGCUGCGAGAAGCCAGCUUCAAGGGAGCUUAAAGACGAAGCUCGGGAGCAGUUGAGGUUGGCCAUGGCAGAAAAGGCUUAUGCUGAACAAGCAAGACAAGAAGCGAAAAAACAGAUUGAAUUGGCCGAGCAGGAAUUCGCCAGUGCCAAGAAAAUCAGGCAACGAGCACAAGCUGAAUUAAACAAAGCUCAAGUUUUAAAAGAUCAUGCAAUCAAGAAAAUCAACUCUAAUAUUCUUCAAAUCACUUGCCAAUCUUGCAAGCGCCAUUUUCAAGCAACAAAUCCUUUUACUCAUCAUAACUCUUUGGUUUCAAUGAGUUAUUUUUCACCAGCCAUACUUUCUCAAAGUGAACUAGAGAUUACUGCUUGUAGGCACCAAAUUAAUUUGCACCAAAACUAACAUACC